GUAGUCACUGGAGUCUUAAAACAAGAAAGUCCCAUGUCAUGUAGUAAGAACAAUGACUGCGUUCUCUGAAUAAGAAAAUGAGGGGUAGAGAAAGCCAGGCCUGAUUCAAUGUCACAAAAACUAAGAUACAACCCCACUUCACCCCGCCCACCAGAAGCUCUCGGUUAUAGGUCCCGCCCCCUAGGCCGGGCAAUCAGCGCCUGACCUUCUUUGCUACCUUCUGCGCAGGCCCGAGUCUUAGGCCCCGCCCUGCCUCCUUGGUGGAACCUGACCAACCAUGGUGAAUCUGGGCCUGUCCCAUGUGGAUGACGCCGUGGCCGCCAAGCACCCGGGACUCGAAGAAUAUGCUUCCUGCCAGUCGAACGCCUUCAUGAAGGGCGUUUUCACUUUUGUCACAGGCACUGGUGUGACUUUUGGCCUGCAGAUGUUCAUUAGGAGGAAGUUUCCACACCCUGUGCAGUGGAGCUUCCUGGUGUCUGCCGUUGUAGGUUCUGUGGCCAGCUACAGAGUAACAAGAAUGGAGUGUGAGAAAUGCAGCAAUCUCUGGCUCUUCCUGGAGACUGGGCAGCUCCCCAAAGACAUGAGCACAGAUCCUCACCACUAGAAGAGCUCUGGCCUCUGCGGUGUGCAGGUGCAAAGCAGGGACAAUCCUGGAGCAGAUGUGACAUCAUCUAAGUCCAGGCUGGUGCUCCUUACCUCACCAAACACACGCACAUGCAUCCUCGUGGGUCAUCUCUCUCCUGCACAGGUGUGUGGGGAGCCUGCCUGAAAACCUAUCCAAAUCCAGGACUCGCCCAGGCCGCCAGCUCAGAAGAGGACUUAGGAGAGGGGAUCUCCUCCAGAGCAGCAGGGAGCCAGGGUAUCAGUAUGAAUUGGAGAGGCUUAUACCCUGCUGCACACAACUGUUGGGGCAGCAGCCUGCAUGUGGUGAAAGAGACUUGUGUGCUUUCUCUGGUGUCUUAGGACCCCUUCUCUGAUCUCUGUGCCCCAAAUCCAAGCAGAAUAUUGGAGAGUUGUAGCUAACAAAUGGCUUGUCCUUUUUCCUAUGUGAGCUCUAAAGCAAUUAAACACCAGCUGGUGAGGUUGUUCUGUGGGUAAAGCA